UUCUCAAUUCAAUGAAGAAAAUAAAAAUUUUGAAUUAAAAAAAGAAAGAGGUUUAAGUAGAACAAAUGCUGUUAGACCAAAAAUUUGUGAACAAUUAAUUCCUGAAACUAUAAGUAAUGCUUCUUCACCUUCGGAUUCUUUGUCGUCAGAAGGUUUUGUUGUUAAUUCUGAAGGUUUUGUUGUUGUUAGUGCUACUGGUGCAGGUUUAUUUUCUUUUUUAUUUCCACAGCCCAUCUCAUCCAUCUGAUAAAUCGUCUUUUAACGUUACAAAUUUAUUUAAUCGAAGAAUAAGCCCUCCUCAUCAUCAACAACAAAAUUUAUCAUCAAUUACACCAACAUCAGCACGUAAUUCAAUACAACAACAAAAUGAGGCUAAUGAACAUGUAAAGGGUUCAAUAAAUAAAGAGAAUCGAAAAUCCUCUUCUUCAAAUCAAUUAAUAUCAAAUAGUAUAUUUUAUGUUCCCUCAACAACAACAGCAACAGUUGAAUCAAAAACUACUACACCUGAAAGUGAUUCAUCUUCAUCUUUUGAUCCAUGUAGUAAUGCUUUAAAAUUAAAACGUGGAUGGAUAAAUAAACUUUUUGGAACAUCUCCACGUCCUUCUAUUUGUGGUGGUGUUGGUGGUGAUUCUGAAGUAAAUUUGGAAGAUUCUGUUCAAUUGGAAAAAUUGGAAAAGAUUGGUUUUGAUAGACAACAACACGAAACUACACCUAAAUAUAAAAAACGAACAGAAAGUAGUAAUAUAAUUAAAUCACGUCAUAAAUCAUCUAGUUUAAAUCCGAUUCAUCACAACUCAAAAGAAAGACUUUCAAUAAAUACAAUUAUACAAAUGGAUGAUGAUUAUGGUGAUUAUGAUAAUUACCAACAAGAACACCGACCUAAUAAAUCUUUUAAUUUAAAUUUUGAGCCUAUAGAUGAAAAUUAUUCAAAUUCUUUAACAAAAACUUGUAAUUCUGCACGUUCAUAUAAUGAUUUAAAUAAUACAAAUGAUAGAAGAAAUAUGCAAUCAUCACGUUGUUAUAUUCAAGAAGAAGCUGAUUGUUUUCAUCAAAGAUCAAAAUCUUCUGAAACUCCGAUAACUUCACAAUCAAGAAACGAUUUGUUGAACUUUUUGAUGCAACCACCUACAAACACUACAUUUUUUAAUCCUUCAUAUAUCUCUAUGCAAGAAAAUCAAAAGGCCCUUGUACAAUCUGUAACUCAAAAAAAUCAAGCACCAAUUCCAAUGCCUAGGAAAAAUAAAGUUACUUCUUUGGUUCCUUCGUUGGGUGCUCCACGCCAAGUAUCAGCGAAUGACCAGCCUUGGCCAACAUCUGAAGCUCCAAUGCUUGAAAAGGAAUCGAAAACUUCUAUCGCUACUCAACAAUCAUCGUCAAUUGUUGUUCGUCCAAAUACUUUGCGCUUACUUCCACCACAACAACAGACAACCACAAUUUCGCCUUUAAAUAGUUUAGCAACAACUACUACAACAACACCUUCAACUUCUACAACAACAACUACAAAUACAUUUUCGCAUUUACUUCAAGAAAAUAAUUUAUUAAGACAAUGUGACAGUGGAAUAUAUCCUGAAGGAAGCACUGACGAUGAAACAAAACUUCAACAUUUGGAUUAUCCUUGUACAUCUUCAGAUGCAUCUCCACAAAUUCGUCAUCGUUCAGAUUCUUCUUCUGGACUUCCACUAUCUCCUCCACCACCUCCACCAUUAUAUCCAAAAAGAACUCAUGGACAAAGAAUUCCAAAACUACCAUUUGAUAUACCAAGAAAAGUUGAAAGAUUUUCAUAA